CUCCAUCACAGCUCAAUUUGUAAACGGUAUCCUGGAGAGUCCGUAGCAGGAUGAAGACACAGAUAUGUGCUGGACUUCACAUGUUGCUACUCCUGUACGUCAAACGGAUGCUGGCUGUGGACACAUACAGACCCCAGAGAGACAUAAAUCAGGAGAAGUGGGAGCGGGAGCUGAGGGAAGCUGGGAGUCUGGAUGAGCUCCUAAUGUUGACAGAGUAUCCGGACUGGAAGCUGUGGAGAUGCAGACUCAAGCUGAAGCACUUUGACUAUGCCACACAGCCUGAAAACCGCAGAUCCACUCGAUACGCGGCCACAUCAUUUAGCCCACAGAUGCUAAAAGACAUUGAUGAAGAAUGGCAAAAAACACAGUGUAUGCCAAGAGAGAUGUGCGUGGAUGUGGCCAAAGAGUUGGGCACGAAUACGGCUGUGUUCUUUAAGCCGCCCUGCGUCUCUGUCUUCAGGUGUGGCGGCUGCUGCAACAAAGAGGGAGUUACCUGCCGUAAUUCAAGCAUGACAUAUGUCAAUAAAACUAUUUUGAGUGUGAGUCUGGCCCCUUUCAAAUUUGGACCGGAGCCAGCGCUGGUAAAAGUAGCCAAUCACACCGAGUGUAAGUGCCAGGAACACACGAUGAUCCGCAGACAUGUUCGUGAGAAGCACAGAAAGAACGGCUAUACGACUACAGCUAAAGCAGAAGACAUCAAGAGGCAAUGUAACAGAGGUUAUAUAUGGGACUGGAUUGCAGAGCAAUGUGUGGCGUACCCCUCCAAUAAACAAGAGCCACCAUCCACCAUCAGUUCAGAGGACUGUGAAAUUGACUCAGAGACGUGUGAAUGUCUCCCAAAAAAAAGGACACACAGAUCACAUCAUACGUGACACAAUUCUUUUUUAGAAAGCUUCAAGACAGAAAACAAGUUACGUGAGCGCAGCGCUCUGACAAUCUGCAAGUGCCAAAUGCAGAGACUGGAAACGCCGUUUAAUUUAUUUAUCUCUCUAUUUAUAUCAAAGUUUGGUUAACAUUAUCAUUUAUUUACAUAUCAGUAACAUAACAUGACUUCGAUAACUUACUAAGAUAUCAAAUCAAUGCUGUUUUUCCUGUCUGAAUACAUAUGUAAAUAUGAUUUCCAUUGUAAAUGUCUCUUGUGCACUGAACAUUUCACCUUAAAGAAUGUCUGUGGAGUUUGCGAAAUACAAAUAUUUAGAUAUAAAUCGAAGUAUGAGCGAGGAAUUUUUAAAACGUUCACUGAUAUGGUGACUCAUUGUGGAGACAUGUCUUCAACCCACUGAAAUAGUUCCUUGGCCGAAGAUUUCCUGCCCUGCAGAUCAUGUGGAUCUUCUGAAGGCAACAGAGGACUAUAUCAGGGGUUUUCAAGCUAGGGUCCGGGGACCCCUUGGGGUCCUCCAGAAUGCUCUAAGGGUUCCCCAGAAAAUUUCUGAGGAAAAAAGCUAAGCAAAAACUUUAAAGGGUUUACCAAGCAUUAUACUGUUUCAUUUCUAAGUGUUCAUCUUUCCUUUCUUGGUACAUACUGUAUAUUCUUUCAAGAAUUGUUUAUAUUUCUAAUGUGAUGUUUUCACUACAGUGCCCUUUAUCUCACUCACUGUUGUUUGUACGGCAGCACGGUUUAUACAUAAACAUAUACAAAUGGAUAUAUAUUUUAAGAAGAGGUCCCUCACAAAAAGUUCACCAUAUUUGUUGAUAAAGUUUGAAAACCCCUGGACUAGAUGGCGUACGUAUGGGAGUACAUGACUAUUAUAGAUGUAUUAAGCUGCUUUUCUAAGGUACGAAUAGCCAGUAGCCUCUCUUAAAACUGAUAUGUUCAUUGUUGAGCAUGCUGCCAUUGUAUGCACUAGAUAUAAGCUGACCAAAUAAAAAGAAAUGAAAAAGCAGGUCUAUAAUUGUGAUGGACAUAAAUUGCAUUUGCCAUUUAUAGAGUUUGUACUCAAAGCUUUUAAAGAGGACAAAUGUGUCCUUGGAAAAAAGGACUCAUAAUUUAAGUUUGAAUUCACAUAGGAAAUCAGCCUAUAAUGGUACAGUAUAGAAAUGCCAUCCAAUACUAACACUACUAUGGUACUUGGGUACUUCUUUACAAGGUUACUUUGAGAAACAUUUAGUUUUUUCAAUUCAAUUGUUCCAAAGCAGCUUUACAUUAAUAAAAAAUGUUUUAACAUGUCCAUUUACAACCCUAGCAUUUGUCCUUUGAACGAAAUUGUCUAUUUUUGCCCUAUUUGGAAGGGUCAUGAAUAAUAAUAUUGAGCUCUGCUCUGAUUGGUUUGCUCUGCUCUGAGGCUUAUGCCAGUAGCUCACAUUAGUAAACAGACCUUAUAUGUUUGAGCCUGUAUCAGACAAAAAUACAGAUUUUGAGGAACAACUAAUUGUUUGGAAAUUGUUAAUGGACGUUUCUAAGUGGUAAGUUUGUUUUUUUUCCAGUAUGGACCUGCAAAACGUAACUGUAGCGUCAAUAGUAGAACUUCAGCCUAAAUGCUAGCAUAUAGCAUUAACUAGCAUGUAGCGCUAACUCAGCAGUCACAACUUUGUUUUUAGAAUUGUAACAACUUUGUAAUUAAUGUAAUGUGUACU